AAGCUGAACACUGAACAGUGAACACCAGCAUUCAUUAUUCGUUCGACCGUACAUACGGUGACUACGAGACGAUAAAAAGUUCAUAUUCCGGUGCUCCGGGGGUUUCGCGCUUUCAGUCACUCGAUUCCGGUUAAGCGAACGCGCUUUUGCCGCUUUACCGUAAAAAAAAACAUAAUAUAUAUUAAAAAACGCGCGUUUUCAUAAUUUUUUAAUUUGUUUUUGUGUUGACAUAUUUGUUUCCGGAGUGGUGACUUUUUGGGACAGGAUUAUGUGGUGUUAGGGUUGGUUUAUUGGACCGUUUCCGGAUAAUUGAAAGGAAAAGAAAAAUCAGCCAUGAACCAAACGGAAGGUUACAUCUAUACCCCGGCGUAUGUACCGAUUGAAAAAAGAAUGUCACACUUGUCAGUAUCUUCGAAAAAUACUGAAACAAGAAGCACGUCUCCUGAUUCUGGUAUGGAGAAUAUAUCACAGAAGUUUGAUUCUUAUCAGGAGUUUUUGUACAGGAAUCAGCUGAGAAGGAGAUUAUCAUCCACAGGAGAAAACAGUGGAGAUUCAAGCAUCGCAGGCUCAGGCAGCAGCUAUGGAGAACACAGCAGCGAAGGGAGCGAGGGUAGAGCCGAAAGCGAAGCCUCAGAGUCACAAGACAGAAAACCUUUGGAGGGACAUAUCAACGAUAUGGAGCGUCAAAAAGUCGAAACGUUCUUUAGAGGACUUAAAACACAAGUUUUCGUUAGUAACUCUCUAGCGAACUUGUAUACAAAGGGGCCCAACGAUCAGGACUGGCAGCUGAAAUACACCGGCAUCCCCGUUGUUAUUCUCGAUUGUGGAGAAUCCAGGGCGCGAGACAAACGACGAAUACAAAUUGCUCUGGCAGAAAGAGGUACCUGUUUUAUGUUAUGGUCGGACACAAUAGACAAUCUCUCCUCGUACAAAAUGGACGGAGCCUCUUUCCAUACAAUGCGAUAUUCAUGCGACCAUACAAUGGAAGUUGGAUUCAGUUUUGACACCAAAACCGCUGCGGAGGAAAUGUGGGGACACAUCGAAAAGUUGGUGGCGUGUCCGGAGAAUAUCUCACUAAGCACCCCCGGCAAAAAGAAGAAGAAGAAAGAGAAAAAAGAAAAACCCGCUCCUUUACCUAGUAAAAACCACAUUUCUCAGCCAUGCUGUUUCCAGCACAUCACCUCCGUAGACAAGGAGGAUACGGAGAGGUACUACUCCCUCAAGGAACUUCUUCCCAGGACACCUGGAGUACUAAAUCCCAGAAUACAUCAGCUGGACGAUUCUUAAAUGGGGCAUCUAUUUAUUCAGCUUGUAGUACCUAAAGAAUCUUGUAUAUAUUGACUGAAAAAAGAAUGAAUUUAGUACAUGGUAAGGCUAUGUAAUGCGUCUAGUGUAGUGUUAAAAUAUAGUUUUACAUUUUAUAGGUUAGGCAUCCUUAUAUAACAGAGUUUACUAAAAUAUCGAAACCAAACAUUUCUUAUGAGAACCUUUAUAUUUUGUAAUAAUAUUUUAAAUACCUAAUGUAGGUUAUAAGUGUUUCUAGACCUAUACUAAAUAAAUAUUACAACCCAUUGGUAAAAAAGUCACUUUGCAUUAAUAUUUUUUUGGUGUAAGAAAGUGAUACUUUUGCCAAAAAUAUCUAUUAGAAAAUCCCCUUUUUAGCAGUGGUUUUAAAAUAAAGAAAUGUUUUGCUUCUGAUCUGUGAUAAUUUUUUUUUCUUUUAUUUAGUACUAAUUUGUUUUAGGUGUAGCUUAGGCUUUAAGACAGUUAAAUUAAAAUUGUAAAUUAAAUAUAAAAAAUUAUUUAAUAAGCUUUUAUAUUAUAUUUCUUAUAUAAUAGAGUUCAUAUGGUAGAGUUUUCAAUAAUAUAUAUGUUGCUGUUGAACGUGAGGGACCCAAUGCAACCUUAAUAAAACUGUAGUAGAGCAUUUUAUACUAUUUAAUAUAUUAAUAUAAUUAUGUAAUAAAAAUCUUGCGAUUUAA